AUGGAUGCAUUUAAUUUGGAUAUUUUUGAAGUUGUUUUGGCUGUUUGUAAACAUCUUUGGAUUGAUAAAACAAAACCUACAGAUUUAACAAAAUUAAUUAAAUUUUUGGCUUUGAAUGAAUAUAAAAUAAUUAAAUUAAUUGAAGUAUUAAUUGAUGGACAAGAAAUUAAUGAUUUGGAUGAAUUACUUUCUAAUCUUUUAAUCACUCCUUGCGAUGCUUUAUUAUUACUAACAAUUAUUUGGACAGAAUUGGAAUUUCCAUCAGUUGCUCGUCUUUUCGAGCCAUAUUUAACUUUUCCUCCUCUUUCAAGUAAAAUUACAAACUCAGAAGUACAACAGGCUGAAGAUGAUUUCAAUCAAUUACUCGAUGAACAUUUGGAUAUUUAUUCUGGAAUUGAUUUAAAUAUUAUUGAAAGGUUUGUUGUUUUUUUAAAUGAAUCUUUGGUUGAUUACCAAACACUCCUCAAACCUUUCGGAGGUAGUGGGGAAUCCCCCCCCCUCCCCCAGGAAAAGGAAAAAAUUUGGUGA